GGAAAAUCAGCAUUGUGCCGAGUGUGAUGAAAACACAGGCCGAUGCAGCACACGAUGCUCUACGGGAUAUUUCGGCCCAAGGUGCAUGGAUGUUUGCAGCAGAAGGUGCAGGUACCACACAUGUGAGCUGGUCCUCGACAGGGGUAUUGAGACAUGUACUGAUGGCUGCAUACCAGGAUUCCAAGGCCCAAACUGCCAGAGGCCAUGUUACAGUACCAAGGAACACUGUACCAGAUGCCCAGGUGGAUGUGAUGGGGAGUAUUGCCAGAUGGGUCGAACUUGUUUCUCUGGUUGCAGCGACUCAUACUAUGGAGCAGGAUGUAAAUUCAAAACGUCAAAGCCAGAGAAUAGGAAGACAUGUUCCAGCAGAUGUAAGUCCUGCAACAGGAUCACAGGAACAUGUGAGGAGUGUCAGCCUCCAUAUUCUGGACUGGACUGUAGAUCCUCGUGUGAGCACUGUGUCGGUGGAUGUGAGAGUGGCUGCCAACAGGGAUGCAGACAAGGAUUCUAUGGAGACAACUGUACUGAAGCAUGCAGUGACACCUGCCGAGCUGAUCCCUCCCUGUCUACUGAUGAACAAUGUCCUGAGGGAGACUCAUGUACCCCUGAGUGCCACAGCCAGACUGGCGAGUGUGUUCACGGUUGUGUUGAUGGCUGGUACGGCCUAAAGUGUUCAAGGAAAGGCAACUCUAACUGCACCCAUCAAAUGUGUAAACAUGCAGGUGCGUGUAUUGAAGGAUGUGCACCUGGACAUUUUAAGUCUAAUUGUGAAUCAUGCCUGGAGCAAUGUCUCAACAUCACAUGUGCCCCAAGCAACGGAUCUUGUUGCAAUGGUUGUAGCAAUGGUUUAUCUGGAGAUAAAUGUAACCUAUCCUGUUCUGUAUGUCUGGAUAGUAUUGACACGUACUUGAGUUUUUGUAUACCGGAAAACAAUGUCACUCGAUACACGUGUAGCAACAACUACACAAACAACGGCUCAUUAACUAAUUGCUCCACUGGAUCCUGUGACACAGAUUCUUUUCCACUCGCCACAGAUACUGUGAAGUAUCUGGUGGUGUUUGUCAUCUGUAUCCUGGCAGCAAGUUCAGUUGGCUACUGCUGCUACCCUGAGGUCUCUCAGCCAAAGUAGAGAAUGCAGGUUCAGAGGUGGGAGUAGAUGAAGGUGAAGCACACCACUGUCAACACAACCUGCAGGACAUACAAGGUAACCAGUCCGAAGAC